AUGUCUAAGAGAUCAGGCAUGGCUAACGGCGCGACCAAAGACACCGGCAGCUCCAGCGCGGGCAAACGUACGCCCUCCUACUCCCUAAACACGGCCUCACCAACUAACAACCCUCCAGCGCAGGACAAACAAGCCGUCCUUCUCAACGCUCAGAACCCAGGCCACUUCAGCCUCAUGCGCGCCUACCACCUUGCCGACUUCAUCACGCUCAUGAAUGGCUUCUGCGGCUUCAUGUCCAUCACCUCGUCCAUGCGCUACUGCAUCAACCCCACCGACACGGGCAAGUUGUGGCUGGCGCUGGGUUUCAUGCCGUUCGGUCUGUUCUUCGACUUCUUCGACGGGAAAGUCGCGAGGUGGAGGGGUAAGAGCAGUUUGAUGGGGCAGGAAUUGGACUCGUUGGCGGAUUUGAUCUCCUUCGGCGUCGCCCCAGCCAGUUGCGCCUUCGCCAUCGGCAUGCGCACGGCACUCGACCAACUCCUGCUCACCGUCUUCGUGGUUGGUGGGUUGGCACGUUUAGCACGCUUCAACGUCACGACCGGCAAUGUCCCGAAAGACUCUACCGGCAAGGCGAGCUACUUCGAGGGUCUGCCAAUUCCAACGAGCUUGACGAUCGCCGGUUUGAUGGGCUACUGGACGUACCAAGGCUGGCUGCAGGACCAGAUACCGUUUGGCACAGUCGCACAGGGGACGCUGUUGGAGGUGCAUCCGAUUGUGGGACUCUUUGUGGUGCACGCCUGCUGCAUGAUCUCGCGGACUAUGCAUGUCCCGAAGCCGUAA